GGCAUGGUCGUCGUCGCAGCCUGAUCGGACCCCGGACGGACCGACGGCGAUGGGGAUGUCGGGGGCCACCAAUGGCUGCGGCGAGUACAUCAGGAUCCCGGAGGGCGUGGAGGCGGGGAAGGAGGCGGUGAAGGGGGAGGGGGAGUGCCCCGCGGUGCUGCGGUGGCGCGCGAUCCGGUGGUGGGCGCAGGUCGUCGUGCUCGGGAUCUUCCUCUCCGGGGCCGCCGCGGCCGCCGUCGUGUUCCUCGGGCCCCUCGUCAUAAAAAAGGUGAUUGCUCCGGCUAUUGAAUGGGAGUCAAGAACUUUCAGCAGGCCAGUCGUUGCUCUGAUAUGUUUUGGUGCAAUUGCCUUUUUCCCAAGUGUAUUGCUACCUUCUUCUCCUUUUAUGUGGAUAGCGGGAAUGUCCUUUGGAUAUUUCUAUGGCUUUUUGAUAAUUACAGCAGCGAUGAGCAUAGGCAUGUCGUUGCCAUACUUUAUAGGGUCCACAUUUCAUUCUAGAAUACACAGAUGGUUGGAAAAGUGGCCGAAGAAAGCGGCAUUUGUUAGACUUGCCGGAGAAGGGGAUUGGUUCCAUCAAUUUAGAGCAGUUGCCUUACUUAGGAUCUCUCCAUUUCCAUAUAUAGUUUUUAACUAUGCCUCUGUGGCUACAAAUGUCAAGUAUGGCCCGUAUAUAGCUGGUUCAAUGGCUGGAACGGUACAUGAAACCUUCCUUGCAAUAUACAGUGGGAAACUUCUCCAAAGCCUAGCUGUAGCUACUACCCAAGGUUCAUUCCUGACGGUAGAUCAGAUAAUUUACAACGGCCUUGGGUUUUCAGUUGCUGCAGUUUCUACCGCUGCAAUAACUAUUUAUGCAAAGAAAGCACUUCAAAAACUCCAAGCAGACGACGAGCUGUGUUGAUUGUUGAUGAGCACUGGAGAUCCUGCUCCGGAUCAAUCUUGAUGCUAGUUUUUCCUUAAAAUGUACUAUAUAUACAGAGAUGCUACUAAUCUGGUUUCUAGUGUCUGCUACCUGACUACAUUGAUCUGAGAGAGGGUAAUGCAACAACUGUAAAGAGAAAAUAGAAAACCAGAAAACACUCCCCCUUUUCUCUCCUUUGUCUUUUGUUUUUUAACUUGUAGAGAAAAUGCUGCCAAAACUAUCAACUUCAUGGAUGUAUUGAACCAUGUUCUGUGCAAUGUAAAUUCGCAAUCUGCUGCUUUCUCAAGUGGAAACAUCUGUUCUGUU